AUGGGUCGGCUCGACCGGAGUGAUACCACGGCCUCACAGAAAACCGGCGUGAAACAACCACAGCGUUGUGUUUCGCCGUGUGAACGCAAAAUUCUCCACAAUGUCUCCGGGGAAUUUCGUUCUGGUGAACUAACCUGCAUUCUUGGUCCUUCUGGAGCAGGAAAAUCCACAUUACUGAACAUAUUGGCUGGUUAUAAUUCAAACGGAGUAAAAGGCAGAAUAACAGUGAAUGGUCACACGCGUGAAAUGAAACUGUUCAAGAAAUUAAGUACUUACAUCAUGCAGGAAGACCUGCUGCAGCCAAGAUUGACAGUGCAGGAGUCAAUGGUCACAGCAGCGAACUUGAAGCUCGGCAAAGAGCUGGGGAAGGCUGAGAAGGAACUCAUAGUAGAAGAAAUUCUUCAAACUCUUGGUUUAUGGAAUCACAGGAACACAAUGACUGAAAAACUAUCGGGAGGUCAAAUGAAGAGGCUGUCUGUUGCCCUAGAGCUGGUCAAUAACCCACCUAUCAUCUUUUUGGAUGAGCCCACAACUGGUCUGGAUAUCGUGUCGAUCCGUCAGCUGGUGGUUUUACUUCGUCUCCUGUCCCGUCAAGGCAGAACCAUCGUUUGCACCGUCCAUCAACCGUCAGCGUCACUCUUUGCUCUCUUUGAUAGAAUAUACGUGUUGGCUCGAGGAAUGUGCUGUUAUCAGGGUGCCCCUCAGCUAAUAGUGCCAUUCUUGGCAGAAGCUGGUCACAUAUGCCCCAAGACCCACAACCCAGCUGACUUUGUGCUGGAAACCCUCGCAACGGAUAUAGAAACUUCUGCUCCUUUAUCAGAGCUGUGUCAAAAUGGAAAACUAUGCAGAAGACUUGAAAGAAUGAUGCCCGGAAGCCGAAAACCUGUGCUGCACUCAGAGGAGUCAAUACAAAGAAUAUUUACGGAACACGUGGCGAAAGACCAGCUUUCCAAAGUAGAAUUUCCGACGUCAUUUUGGACACAAUUUCUUAUAUUAAGCAAACGAAUGUUCAUACAAAACAGCAGGAAUACGACAUCAAUGUGGAUUCAAUUUAUUCACCACGUUUUAUCAGCUAUACUUCUGGGCAGCAUAUUCUUCGAUGUGGGUAACAACGCGGCGAACCCUGUAGUCAACUUUAAAUUCUGUCUGAGUUGCUUGGUCUUUUUCAUGUAUACCCAUACUAUGAUACCUGUUCUCAUAUUUCCGUUCCAAGUACGUUUACUUCGACGAGAAUAUUUUAAUCGUUGGUAUAGUUUAAAAGCUUACUAUGCGGCUCUAACAAUUGCUAGUAUUCCAAAUAUGGUAAUUCUUGGAAUAAUCUUCCUGAUUAUCGCGUAUUUGAUGUCUGGUCAAUUAUUGGAAUGGGAUCGCUUUAUAUUAUUCUCGAUCGCUGGUUUGCUCAUUGCAACAUGUUCUGAAGGACUUGGAUUAGCUGUAGGGUCUGCUUUUAACGUCACUAAUGGUUCCAUUGUAGCACCAGCCACUGCUGCUCCUCUACUCGCCUUGUCGUGUUACGGCAUGGGCUUUGGACCCUACAUCGAAGCCACAAUGAAAGCACUCAUGUCAAUCUCGUUCCUUCGAUACGGCGUAACAGGAUUUUCAAUCGCCUUGUACCAAAACAGACAGAAAAUGGAAUGUAAUCAAGAAUUCUGUCUUUAUUCAGAGCCUAAGUUAUUAAUAAGAGAUUUGGGUAUGGAAGGGGAUACUUAUAUGAUUCAAGUUGCUGGCUUAAUAGGUUUUACAGUUCUUCACAGGUCGCUAGCAUACUUAGCAUUAAGAUACCGAUUGACAAAUGAAUUUUCAAAUAAAUUCAUGUGUUAUGUUAGCAAAUUUUUGAAACAUAGAUAAAUUAAUAAUUAUGUUAUUUAGUUAUUAUUUUAAUGAAUGCGGAAAAUUGUUGCGAUCUCUUUUUGUGAUCUUGAUUGAGUUUAGGGAUUGCAUCAGAGAUAAAGUUAACUAAUUGAUGUACUUCGGGUUAUGUUGGAACUUGGAACUUAAGAAUUAUUACUUUAGUACUUUUUGUAACAGUCACUAAAGCAAGGUGUCGUCAGGAGCAAUUAAAGCAUAU